AUGGCGAAAAAACGAAGUAAGGCUACGGAUAAAAAGAAAAUAUCUUUAGUGUUUGACGAAGCCAAAAGAAAGGACUUCUUAUGUGGCUUCCGUAAAAGGAAAUUAGAGAGGAAAAAGAAGGCUCAGGAAGAGUUACAGCGACUUUUGAAAGAAGAGAAAAAGAGAAUUAAACAAGAGAAUAAGGAAUCAUAUAAAAAGCUAGUAGUGUCAUCCAGGCCUAUCCCUGAUCUUGAACAAAUACUUCAAGAGGAAUAUGAAGAUGAUGAUGUCAACGUUAAAAUUGUUGAACUUUCCUCUGAUACUUUACAAAAAAAAGAUAUUGUUAUAGGUGAAAAUAAACCUAAGUUAACCCAAGAAAAAGGAGUGAAAGAUAAAAAAGAAAAAGUUAAUCAUCAUGGAGUACCUGGAAUGGAAUCUGAAGUUGAAGAUGAAAAAGAAGACUCAGAUUCAGAAGAAAAUAAGGAGUUAAAAACAAAAAAAGAAGUAAAAAAGAUACUAAAAAUACAGGCAACUAAAAAAUUGCAAAAAAGCAAGAUAUUUCAAAUGAAAAAUAAAUUAGAUAGAAUACAAAACAAAAAAACACAGAAAAAGAAAGUGAAAAAUGAACAGAAGAAAGACAAAUCAAAAAAGAAAAAUCAUAGAAAAAAAUAA